GAAGUUUACCGAGUUCACUGGCUCUGGGCAAAGGCACUAUGGGAUCGAUGGAAGGAAGAGCUGAUGUUGGUCCAAUUCAAGAUGGAUUGGACAUGUAACUUUUUCUUGUGGAAAGCAACCCAAUGGGGCAACCGGAUGCAGGAAUCAUUCACGAAACGACUUCUGGGUCAUGCAUGCUACUCUGGAAGGCAAUCUUGA